AUGGUGAUUGGAAUACCAGGUGCACGCGGCCUGUUUAGCCCACUUCAAGAAGCCUUUCGAACCGAAACCCCGGACCAUCGUCUUCGCCUGAAUGCCAUGGUUCACCAAUUCCUGGACGAUUUCCGUCAGCUGUCCAAAACCCUUGGCGACCGUCCCACCAGGAUAGCCGAACUCAUGCCUCAAGAUCCGAGUGUUAUUGGAACUACAGACGCUUCCGGGCAGGGGAUGGGCGGUGUUGAUUUUCUCAAUACUCCCUCUGGUCUGCGCCCCAUACUCUGGCGGCAUCGCUACCCCAAGCAUGUCCAAUCCAGAUUGAUAACAUUCGACAAUCCACGGGGUUCGUUGAGCAUUGGCGACUUGGAACUGUCUGCCACGGUGUGCCAACACGAUGUCAUCACUACUGCUGCAGAUGCUCGGGAGCACACCAUCCACAGCUUCCACAACAACACAGCUGCCAAAUUUUGGCAGCGCAAGGAAUCCACCACUACGACAGGACCGGCUGCCGCCCUGCUUCGCCUCCAGUCCCACCAUCAACGGGUGUUCCGCUAUGUGCCGUUCCACGACUAUCUCCCAGGACUCCUGAAUAAAAUGAGUGACGACGCGUCACGCCUGUGGCACCUCUCUGACGCUGCGUUCCUCGCUUAUUUUAACUCUACAUAUCCACAGAUGAAUUGCUGGG